UUUUGGCGAACUAUAUAUGGAAUGGAGAGUUUGUGGGAGCCGGGAGGAGGGGGGGCUGAGACUCUUGGUAAAUCCAACGGGUGCGCUAUCUCGGAGUCAGGGUGGGACUGCCGAACGGUACAGUCUCUCUUCCGUCGAACUAACAAACAACACAAUGGCGGAUAAGGAAAAGAAGAUCAAGAAGAAGAAGGCGAAAGAAGAAGCGCCCGCUGAGGAAGCCCCAGCUGCUGCUGCCCCUGCCGAGAGACAAUCCUCCCGAGGCAGCCGCAAGGCCAAGCGCACUGGUUCUAAUGUCUUCUCUAUGUUCACACAGAAACAGGUCGCUGAGUUCAAAGAAGCCUUCCAGCUAAUGGACCACGACAAGGACGGUAUCAUCGGCAAGAGCGACCUCCGCGCCACUUUCGACUCCCUCGGCAGGCUCGCCUCCGAGAAGGAGCUCGACGACAUGGUUGGCGAAGCCUCUGGCCCCAUCAACUUCACCCAGCUCCUCACCCUCUUCGCGAACCGCAUGUCCGGCGGCUCCGACGACGAUGACGUAGUCAUCAACGCCUUCAAAACCUUCGACAAGGACGGCAAGAUCGACUCUGAGAACCUCAGACAUGCCCUCAUGACCUGGGGUGACAAGUUCUCCCCCGAUGAGGUCGACGAGGCCUACGACCAGAUGGAGAUCGACGACAAAGGCUACAUCGACACCCAGAAGCUGAUCACCAUGCUGACCGCCAGCGCUGAGGAAGAGGAAGGCGGUGAAGCCGCGUAAUUUAAUUCCAUACAAUGAAGAGCGUCAACUUAGAGUGGCUACCACCCGGCCCGCGGUUCGAAGAUUAAACGCGUUGCGAACCAAAUUAUUUUUUAUUUAUAUCUCUAUGUAAUUUAUUGUUUCCAUUUUUUAAUUUAUAUAUAAUGAAAAUAUAGUUCUACUAUACAAAA